AUGGCUCCAGUCGCAGACACCAAGCCCUCCUCUUUGGAGCUUUCGGCUCUUAAAGACAACCUCAUGCUUAUGGCUACCCACAAGAAAGAGCUCGAGCUGAUCAAAUCCGCUCCCUCCGCCCCUGGCCCCGGUAUGGCCCUCGUCCAUGUCCGUGCCACCGGUGUCUGUGGUUCCGACGUCCACUUCUGGAAACACGCUGGUCUUGGACCCUGGAAGAUCGAAAACCAAUGCGCUCUUGGUCAUGAAUCCGGUGGUAUCGUCAUUGCCGUCGGUGAAGGAGUCGACAACGUCGCUCCUGGUGACCGUGUCGCUAUCGAACCCGGAGUCCCCUGUUUCAAGGCCACUUGCGACUACUGUCGUACCGGCAAGUACAACCUUUGCCCCACCGUCGACUUCUAUUCCGUCCCACCCAAGGAUGGCACCCUCAAACGCUACCACGAACAUCCGGCAGGAUGGUUGCACAAGGUUCCUGACAACAUGUCUUAUGAAGAGAUUGCUCUGCUCGAACCCCUUUCCGUCACCCUUCAGGCAACUUUGCAGGCAGAGAUUUCGUUGGGUACUCCGGUAUUGAUCACUGGUGCAGGACCUAUUGGUAUUGUCCAGUUGCUCUGUGCAUCAGCAGCAGGAGCUACGCCCAUCGUCAUCACUGAUGUCGUCCAGGACAGACUCGAUUUUGCCCAGAAGAUUGUUCCUGGUACAUUCACUUACAAGGUCGACCCUAAGCUUAGCCCCCUCGAAUCAGCUACCGAAAUCUGCAAAGUCUUCUCCCGCGCUUCCGGAAAGCACAUCGCCGAGGGUCAAAAAGAUGUGCAACCAGCAAUCACAAUGGAAUGCACUGGUAUCGAAUCUUCCGUCCAAACUGCCUCGUACGCUACCGCUGCCAGCGGUCUAGUAUUCGUCAUUGGUGUCGGUGCAAGCUACCAACAGAUUCCCUUCAUGCAUCUGUCGACGAACGAGAUCACACUCAAGUUCUUGUUCAGGUACAGAGACACUUGGCCAAGAGCUAUCAGGUUGGUUAGCAGCGGAAAGAUCGAUGUGAAGCAGAUCGUCACGAGCAGAUUCCCUUUGGAAAAGGCAAAGGAGGCUGUGGAACAUGCGGCUGAUAGGACUAAGUUCAGUGUCAAGACUAUUAUCUAUGAUGACCUGGAGUAA